CAACAACGCCUCUUCCUUCUCAUUCAUUUUCCAUUCCCUUCCUUCGGAUUUUCUCUUACCCUUACUAUUUUUCUUUCUAACCCUAUAGGUGGUGGUAAAAGAAAAAAAGAUAAAGAAAGGAAAGCGAAUUUGACGACAUUAUAUUUUGCAGUCAAACAUGAAGAGUUUGACAUUACUGUCACAGAUCCAUCUGGCAAGGUUUGGUCGACCUGCAGGAAAAGACAUCCACCAGAGUGUUGACCCAGAGACAGGUCAUGUCUAUGUUGCUUAUUCUACUGGGCCUUCUGAGAGUGUUCUUAUUAAGAUCUCUGACGUUCGAUCACCAUUUCCCGAGAUCACAGAGUUGGCGACGUUCCCACCAGAAAAUGAUAUCCAUGCAGAUAAAUGGGGUCAAGUCAGAGGAGUCAAGUUUUUAGUUGAAAAUCAGGCUAUCUGUGUGAUUUUUUCCCACGGAGAUGUUGUUCUUUUUCAUACUGAACCUACAGAGACUGGUGAAAGUCUGGAAAUUGUGGGAUCGGUUGACUCAGGACUUUUAUGUAUGGAAUGGAGUCCUGAUGAAGAAUUAGUUAUCAUGGUCACAGGCGAGGGAUCGAUUCUGGAGAUGACUAAGGAUUUUGAUGUAAUAUCAGAAAAUCCAAUUGAUGUGGAAGAGGCCGGCGAAGAGGUCAGCGUAAAUGUUGGAUGGGGAAGGAAAGAGACACAGUUUCAUGGAACAGAGGGAAAGCAGGCAGCCCAACGCAAAGUGGACAUAUUGACCUUCACAUAUUCCCCGGACGACGAUGGGCAACACCGUUUGUCAUGGCGUGGCGAUGGAACGUUUUUCUGCUGUUCUUCUAAGGAUAAGCGCCAUGGCCGUCGUGUCAUUCGUGUCUAUAAUCGGGAGGCAAUUUUACAGUCUACAAGCGAGUCAGUAGAUAUGCUGGAACAUGGAUUAUCAUGGAGACCCUCUGGAAACCUGAUUGCUUCAAGUCAACGACUACCUCAUCGCCAUGAUAUUGUGUUCUUUGAAAAGAAUGGACUGCGUCACGGAGAGUUUACGCUGAGGGAGCCUAAUGAGACCAUUGUUCGAGAGUUGGCUUGGAAUUGUGACUCGACAGUGCUGGCAGUCUGGCUGCAACGCCCAACGACUGGAUCUUCUUGUAUUCAGCUCUGGACCAUGAACAACUAUAAAUGGUAUUUAAAGCAAGAACUGCUUUACAAUGGUGAAGAUGGAUCGACAGUGGCCACCUUCCAUUGGGACCUUGAGGCUGCAUUAGUGCUUCAUGUGGUUACAGAAUCUGGAUCUUAUCAGAGAAAUGAGUAUUGCUGGGAUAUAUUUGUCAAUGACAUGUUGCAUCCCAAUAAUUUGGGUACUGUGGCUGUGGCGGACGGGGCCAAUUUAUUGAUCACACCUUUCAGAGUCAUGAACGUGCCACCACCUAUGGCGGCCUUCACCUUGACAUUGCCUUAUAAGAUUCAACAUGUCUCAUUCUCUACGUCGAAUGAUGGAGAUGAUUUAGCUAUUUUGUUGACAGACCAGCGGGUGGCGUUUUACGAGGUAGCGGACAAGACGACAAGACCCUUGUUAGAACCAAAAUUAUUGGGCAUGAUCGAGCUUGCUCAAGUUCCCUCUGUUACUGUACGACAGAUUGCAUGGGUUAACUCAGAUACCUUAAUUGGUCUUCAGUACGACAGCGAUGUAUCAGCAGAUUCGAUCGUAGUUGUCAAAAUGGCAUUCGAAGAUAGUGAUGAUGUCGGACAAAACAGUAGUAAAAAAGCGCCCAGGAUUUUGUCUAGGAAGGAUGUUCCACUUGAGGGUCUCUUCCAGCGCUUGUACUUUAACCAAACAUAUGGUGACAUUUUGCUACAACAGGCCGAUGGCAACCUGAUGUCCGUGGAGCUUCGUACCGAUGGAGAAGAAGUAGAACCAGUUAUUGACAAAUGGGUACAAAUUCAUUGUUUACCGGAAUGUUGUCUUUAUAUGGGCACCACCAGGAUUGGCACAGGUCCAAUUGAAUACAGAGAAAAAACCGUGAUCGGAUUAGCUCCCAACAAUCGACUCUAUGUGAAUGAUCGACUGAUUUCGUCAGAAGCAACCUCGUAUUGCUUGCAUAGCCAUUUCUUAGUCUUCACAACUGCAACUCAUUCAGCACGGUUCUUGCCCUUGGAGACUCCGCUUUCCGAAUUCAAGGUUAUGGACAACUCGAUGUUACCAUAUGAUGAAUCAAUCCGUAGAGUGGAGAGAGGAUCAAAAAUUGUGUUAGCAAUCCCUUACUCUGUCAACCUAGUUUUACAGAUGCCACGUGGUAACUUGGAAACUGUGGCACCACGGGCUAUGGUCUUGUCCGUAACUCGAGAUGCAUUGGACAAGUGUGAUUUCAGGACAGCGUUCUUGACCUGCAGGAAGCAUCGUAUCGACCUGAACAUAUUAUAUGAUCAUAAUCCCAAGGUAUUUAUGGAGAACGUAGCCGAGUUUGUGAAGCAGAUAAAGGAAGUCGAUCACCUCAACUUGUUUUUGUCGUUCCUGAGGAAUGAAGAUGUGACACAGACACUUUAUCCGCUUUCCGGAUUCGGGUCUAACCCCAAGCAGCCUCAACAACAGCAACAAUCCUUAAACUAUUCUCGUGUAAAUGGCGGUAGCAAAGGUGGCUACAAGAAGACGCCUCUGUCUCCAGAGCUUGCGGAAAAGGUUAAUCAGGUUUGUGAUGCUAUCCGAGCAGAGCUUCAAAACCUUGACAGGAACACGUACAUCAACUCGGUUUUGACAACAUAUGUACGCAAGUCGCCACCGGAUCUAGAAUCGGCUUUGUUAUUAUUGGCGAAGCUUAAAGAUGAAGACCAAGCGUUAGCUGAGGAUGCACUCAAGUUCACUAUCUUUUUGGCAGAUGUGGAUCGGUUGUUUGACGUAGCUUUGGGGAUGUACGACUUUGCAUUGGUGUUAAUGGUGGCGCAAUGGUCCCAGAAGGACCCACGGGAGUAUUUGCCCUUCUUGAACGAGCUUCGAGUGUUAGAAAAAUAUCACCAGCGUUUCAAGAUUGAUGACCAUCUAAAGAAAUAUCAGAGCGCAUUACAAAACUUGAGCCAGGCUGGAGAAAAAUAUUUUGAAGAUUGCAUUGCCUAUAUUAAGCAGCACAACUUGUUCAAAUUUGCUCUCACGAUCUUUGGAGGCUCUGGUUCAGGGGUUAACAUAAAAAAGCACAAGACUGUACUAUCGAUUUAUGGCGAUAGUCUUUCUGUGAAUGGAGAUCAUUCACAGGCAGCUGUGGCGUAUGUGAUGGCUGGAGACAAGGAGAAAGCUCUAGAGUCGUACAAAGAGGCAGGAUACUGGCGUGAGGCAAUGGUGCUUGCUCGACAACUUGAAUACGAUGCGCCCGCCACAGCGUAUUUGGCUAGAGGACUUUCAGAGCGACUGAAAGUGGAUAAAAAUCAUUUAGAAGCAAGCGUGUUGCUAGUGGAAUAUGCAAAGGAUACAGAGGAGGCUGUAGCUACAUUGUUAGAAGGUCGACUGUGGAAUGAAGCGAUCCGAAUUGCGUUCUUGUACAACCGCCAGGACUUGAUGGUGACACACAUCACGCCGGGAAUUGCAGAUGGUCAUCAUGACUUGAUGGAGUCGAUUCGAGAUAUGCAAGAACAAUUCGAUAAACAAACCAAGAGGCUGAAGGAUCUGAGGGUCGAAAAGGCAUUGGCAGAAGCGGAAGCUGCCGCUACGGUGGCAGAAGAUGGGCUACUGCCAGAUGAUGUAGAUCUAAUGUCGGAUACAACGUCGAUGGCUUCAGGAUUUACUCGAUACACAGCAGCCAACUCGGUCUUAUCAAAGUCGUCCUAUUCUUCGCGGUCCUCUUCACAAUACACUGCCAGGCUCAAGAAGAGAGCAGAUAGGAAACGUGCUCGUGGAAAGAAGGGCAGUGUAUAUGAGGAAGAGUAUCUAAUCAAUUCUCUUCGCAAACUCAUCUUACGAGUUGAUACAACCAAAUCCGAUGUCCAUGCUUUGCUUGAGUGUCUGGCGGCAUCCAUGUCACUGGAGCGAGCCAAGGUACUCCAACAAGAAUUUUCGAAGCUACUUCAAGAUAUUGAAGCACACAUGCAUAUUAUUUUUGUGCCACCAACUGAAGAGUACCUGAAUAAGAAGAAGGCCGUAGAGGAUGCCAAGAAUGAACGCAAGAAGUUGGUGAAGCAGAUGCAAGCUCAACAGCACUUGAUGUCACGUCAUGAAGAGGCUGUACUACAGGCACAGAUUACUCAAUUGGAAGAAGUAGCCGAGCAAGUAAUUGCAGAUAUCUAUGGCGAACCACCUGUCAUGAGCAAGGAUGCUUGGGAUGUAGAUCUUGUCUAAAUCUCUGUAAAAAGUAAAAU